AUGAUAAGCUUGCUGCCGCCCAUGUCCGAGCUCCAGGACGACGGCGCCGGCGGAAAUGGCCAAGACGAAGCCGCCGCCUCCGCCUCGCCGGUCAAGCGCCACCGCAGGUCGCCGGCGCCAGAGCCCACCUCCGUGCUCUACAACCGCAGCCCCAGCCCGCCCACGUCCUCCUCCCUGGCCUCCUCCUCCGCGCCCGAGCCGCCGCCCAUCAGCGCCGAGGACUGGGAGGCCGUCCUCUCCGGCGGCGACAUGUCCGCGCCACCAGCCGCCGAGCGGUCUCAAGACACCUCUUUCCUCCGCUGGAUCAUGGACGCCGACGCCCAAGUCGACGCCUUUGAUCCCUUCCUGCCUCCGCCGCCUUGCCAAGAGACCGCCGCCGUCGAGGCCUUCUUGCCGCCGCAGCUCCAGCUACCCGUGGCCGAGGAGGACCUUGAGUCAGGGGCGGCGGCGGUGGACGAGCUCCUCGAGGCGGCACGCCGCGCCGACGUCGGGGACUCCACUGGCUCGCGCGAGAUAUUGGCGCGGCUCAAUUACCGGCUCCCCUCGCCGCCGACGGCGCCGGGGCACCCGCACCCUCCUCUCCUCCGUGCCGCCGCUCACCUCCGGGACGCGCUCCUGCGCCUCCUCGUCACGACCGCGCCCGCCGCGGGCCUCCCGCCCGGCUCCUCCGUCUCGACCCCGCUCGACGUCGCGCUCAAGGUCGCCGCGCACAGGGCACUGGCGGACGCGUCGCCGACCGUCCAGUUCGCCAGCUUCACGUCCACGCAGGCGCUCCUCGACGCGCUCGGCGCCGCGCGCCGCGUGCACGUCGUCGACUUGGACGUCGGCUUCGGCGGUCGGUGGGCGCCGCUCAUGCAGGAGCUCGCACUCCAGUGGCGCCGAGAGCCCGUCUCGCCGCUGCCGCUGCCGCCGCCGUGCUUGAAAGUGACGGCAUUGGUGUCGCAGGGGUCAGCGCACCCCUUGGAGCUCCACCUCACGCACGAGGGCCUGACGCGCUUCGCCGCCGACCUCGGCAUCUCGUUCGAGUUCAACGCCGUCGCGUUCGACCCCUCUGACCCGUUGCCCCCCACGGGGUUGUCCGUCGCGCCCGGCGAGACCGUCGCCGUUCACCUCCCCAUCGGCUCCGGGACUCCGUUGCCGACGACUCUCCGCGUCGUGAAGCAGCUCCGGCCCGCCGUCGUGGUGUGCGUCGACCACGGAUGCCACCGCGGCGACCUUCCGCUGUCGCAUCACGCGCUCAACGUCGUGCGCUCCAGCGCGGCGUUCCUCGAGUCGCUGGACGCGGCCGGCGCGCCGGCGGACGCGGUGGCGAGGCUGGAGCAGUACGUCCUGCGUCCCAGGGUGGAGCGCCUGUUGCUAGGCGACAGGAUGCCUCCGUGGCAGACCAUGCUUGCCUCCGCCGGAUUCGCGCCGGUGCAGCUCAGCAACGCCGCUGAGGCGCAGGCCGAGUGCCUUGUCAGGCGCACGCCCUCGCCGGGCUUCCAUGUGGAGAAGCGGCAAGCGGCACUUGCACUGCGGUGGCAGGAAUCGGAGCUGGUGACGGUGUCGGCGUGGCGGUGUGAAGAUGAAUUACUGAUUCCGGCACUGGGACAGUUCCCGUAA